UGACUGGAUCCUGAAGCAUCAGCGGCUCGCGUCACGUGACUGGUGUCGACAGCAGACGCUGGGAGCUGCUCUACUCUGACAGGGAUCACGUCUAUGGUUCUCUCAAGCCCAGGUGUGCAGUCUUUCUGAACAGCCAGGUCAUGUCAUUAAAGAUGGAAAUGGAUGCCAGUGGAGUGUCCAGGGCGCCCAUAUCCGUUCUGCCUGCUGCUGAGGUCAAAAGCACCCUGAAGCCAGAAGCCGAUAAACCCCGAUGCUCCAGCACUCCCUGCUCCCCCAUUAAAAGUACUGUCUCGGGAUACCAAAUCCUCCACAUGAACUCCAACUAUCUAGUGGGCUUCACCACUGGUGAGGAGCUUCUCAAAUUAGCCCAUAAGUGGUCUAGUCCUGACAGCAGCAACACAGAGGCCUUGCCCAGCCCCAUCAAAAAGCCUGUGGAUUUAAGCCUGCACCGAGCCUCGCGGAUUUACAAAACCAAAAGCCGUUACUACCAACCGUACGACAUCCCAGCCAUCAACGGACGCAGGAGGCGGCGCAUGCCCAGCUCAGGCGACGGCUGCUUGAAAUCCAUCGUGAGCGGGGAGCCCAGCAAGGCUUUACACGGGCCCCUGCCCCUCUGCCUGUUGAAGGGCAAGCGGGUGUAUUCCAAGUCCCUGGACUACCUCAACCUGGACAAGAUGAGCCUCAGGGAGCCGGCGGACACUGAAGUGCUGCAGUACCAGCUACAGCAUCUCAAUUUGCGGGGCGAGCGCGUGUUCACCCGCAACAAGACAUGAGUUCUCAGAAACCCGCCAUUUCAACGUUCACCCGCCCACAGUUGUCUGGCUAUGAUGUAGGGCCUUGAUUUUUACCACUCUGAUUAAAGAUAGUUCCCCACUAAAGCCCAAAGUGUACUUGGUUUUUACGUACAGUGCGUGCGAUGCAGAUUUCGUCACUGGAAUAGUAUGCACGUGCUGUACACGCACCACCAGAUUUUUGUAACCGUGCAAAACCUGUGUGCAGUGAAUUUGUUUUGCACUAAUCAGUUGUUCCACAAGGUGGCAGCACUGGUUCGGGCCAUUGUUUUACAUUAGAAAACAAAACUGAAAAGACAACAACAAAUAGAUCGGUCAUAACCACUGGAGAAAAAUAUGCGUAGUAAGCUGCGCGUUCAACUGUACACGUAUGUUAGCUUACACAUACAAAAACAAAGUAUACUUUGGGCUUACGGCAUCCAUAGACCACUAAUCUUGUUUGUUAACCAGAGGUGUGAUGAACCACCAUAUGGCCCAGAUAGGAGAAACUAAAGGAGUAGUUCAUUCAAAAAGACAAAUUCUGUCAUUCUCUACUCACCCUCGUGAUGUUCCUGACUGGGAACACAAUGGAGCAUUUUUGAAGAAACUUUGCAUAGCUCUUUUCAUACAAGGACAGGAAGUGGUGGUGAAUUAGCAGCGCUAUAAUCCCAUAAAAGCGCCGAUGGGAGUUGAAAGUUCUGCAGUUGAUCUAAUGACAAUGAGCACAUUAAAGAGCGCAGACACAGCUCAUUUCCAUAAUGACCAAUGCAGUUUACCAAGAGCAGCUCAAAUGAGCAACUGUUGGAGCCAUGUCAAGAGCAAAAUGGCUUAAGACAUGCUUUUUUGGGUGUUAAAUAAUAGCAUGAAUACCCGUAAAUUGACUACUGCAGACCUUAGUUAAAUACAUAUCUUCCCAUAAAUGUUGCAUCUGAAAGGGAAACUCCUACAAAUGCGUAAGCAGUAAGGUCAGCCACAAAAUAUUAACUAGUUUUUUAAUGCCAAAAGAGAGAUUGCAUUGGCACAAACUGGCAGCAAAUCUGGUCCAAAGUCUGCUAAAGCCAUAGCUUUGUGUAGAGAACAGGCUGAAAUUUGUUGUUGAUAUCCGCUGAUGGUCUGAAAUGUCACUUGUGUCCUGUGAAUAAAGACUGAUUUCAGUCUGUCACACAAAACUAGAUUUUGGAAGACUUGGAAUAUAGCAAGCAAAGUUAUAGUAUAGAGUUGUAGUAUAGUCUGCCUACAUGAAUAUCUGAAAUAAAACCAAAAUCAUGGCUUAGUGUGAUUGUGAAAUCACAAAGACAAUUAAAUGAAAUAACUCUAUAUGCUUUGUGUUUCAGAGCGAAGUGCAGCACUGUGUUCACUUGCACAUAAGCAGCUUAUGUUUUAGUGUUUUCAUCCAUCAAUUUCAGGUUUCUGCCGAAAUAAAAGCUUGAUGCGUUAUUGUUUGAAAGCGAAGAAAUGAAGACAGCCUUUAUGGCUAAACUGUGCAGCCCUACAAACAAGCACAGCAAACCUGGAGCUUAAAAUUGCAUUUUAAUUAUAUGAAUAAUUGCGCAUCAAUUUUCUCCUAAAAUCAUGCUGCCCUAUUAUCUGGAGACUUUGUAUGAACAAGACCUGCAUAAAGAUGCUUUUUUAGUUUGGAAAAGCAUGAGAGUGAGUAAAUAAUGACAUGAUUACGAAUCCUUUAUCCACACAACAGAUCGUUGUAAAAGUGUAUGUUAUGGGGGAUACGUUCAUAGUGAGGUUUUUUCAAGAUUAGCAAUAAAUGGUGUGGCUUAAUUGCUUAAUUCCUACUGUUAUUUGUGAGUUGUGAGUGUGAGCGUGUGCAAAAAAAACGUAGACCUUUGGAAAUGUUGCGUGAAUCUGGCUGUACUGCAUUUAGUCUUACGUUCUCCCCCAACAUCCGCUCAUACGCUUGUGUUAUUCUGCUAACUUUAGUAACUUGUGUCAGGUGAGGAUCUCGACUGUUACACAAUCCGGAUGUUGUUUAAAACAGACUCUGAUAGGCUUUGUGCGAGAGAGGCUUAUCUCUGGAGAACCCAAACUAACAUUAGCAUAGAGAAACCAUUAAUGGCCUUUUCAUUUCUCUAAUCAAUGUUUUACAGGAGACUCACCGGAUCAUUUUAAAUGACACUGAAUGCUGUGUUGUUGUCUGGAAGAAAUGUUUGCAUUAAUGAAGGUUGUGGCAUUUAGUUUUUCCGUUAAAACGUCUUUUCCCCUUCACAAUGCACACAGUAGAUAACAUUGCUAUAAAAACCAAAGUCCAGGGGGAACUUGAUUAACAUUUUUUGAACAGCAGACAAUCUGUCAUGGUUUUACACAAGAAGCACUAGUAUGAGUUUUAUUUUGACAAUAGAGUUUAAUAUGUGUCCAUUUGCUUUUUAUAUCUUCAUCAUCAUGGAAGAUUUUAGUUCUAAACAUUUGAAUAUGACUGUCGGCGUCAUGUUUCUUGUGGAUCUUUGUUAGUAUUGCAGUUGUUUCUCUUAUCAAAGUUAUACUUUUCAAAACUCCUUUUUCUAACUGUUUAGUUGAACCCCUUGUGCAUCUUUUUUUUCCUUCUAUAUCGUCCUCCUGUAAUUCAGAGUAAUGCAAUGAACUGAAUUGCUAGAUUUCACCCUUACUAUAACCUUGCUAUAUCAUUUGUUUUGUUUCUAGGUUGUUUAACACCUACCUAUCUAAUCUAGUUAAACUGCCGUAUUAUUUGAACAUCUCAUUCAUCUAACCGUCGGUGGAAAAUGCUCUAAAAAGCACCUUAGAUUCUUUCAUUUGAUAUAUUUAUUAAUUGUGAUGUGUCAGUGAUGUUACAGUAUUCACAAAGUUUUUAUUUACAUAUUGGAUUUAAUUUAAGCCUGAUUAAUAGUUUUGUUGUAGUUUGAUUUCCUAACUGCAUUGUGUUCAUGUUUAUGUGCUAUAAAUCCAUUGGACCACUGUUAAAAAACACUAAAUUUGUGACGUUAUUGGAACAGUGUGAUUUAUUAUAUAUCUUCACAGCAGUGAAUAUACAAUGCCUAGCAUUAAGUCAGAAAGAGAUCAAGCCUAUUUCGGUCUAUUUGCUAUAUUUAAAAAUAAUAGGCUUACUAAUAUAUCAGUUCAUAAGCAUCAAGGAAUCAGCUUACUAGUGUACUUUUACAAACAUCCCUGAAUCUGAUUCCAGUUUUGUAUUUACAUCUCUUUCGGGCAGCAGUCAGCCGACUGUCAGUCAUUCCAUUUGAAGUCACUUUUGUGUCUGACCCAUUCGUGUCCAGACUACCAAAACCCGAGCUGCUAAAGUGAGCUGGAUUGCUGUCCUGCCGCAGCCUCUAACACUGAUACAAGAUUCGAAAGCGCUUAAAAAAAAAAAGAAAAGAAAAAAAAGCUGUUUUUGUGUUUUGGGGUAUCUAUGCUAUUAACUUUUUAAUUUACCUUAUUAUUUGAUGUUUUUAUUUGUGAAAUAGUGAAAUUCUCAGCAAGAAAUCUAUUGAUACACCCUCUGUGAUAUUUCAGAGCCAAUAAGGGUAAAACUUAAGCUUGAAGACCUGUCACGCACUGAAAACGUUCAACUGUUGUAUUCUCUUCUUAUCAAAAGUGUAAUAAUAAUAGUAAUUAUUUAAAAACUGCUCCUGCCUAGAGGAAUACAACCUAAUUGAUUUCAGUACAUGUAGAUUUUCGUCUCUUAAUGAAUAAAAAUGCAUUAGAAACCACUACUGGCUGCAGUGCCUUCAAUAAGACAGUACGUGAUCUAUUCAGAAGGCAUGUCUUAGUUUGUCUUAGAAUACUUGAAUGCACAUGUAAUAUUGUUAUGUUUUCUUCUAUUCUGAACAUUUUUAAUGCUUCAAAUGUUCUUUUCCCUCUGCAGUGUCAAAAGUUUAACUCUUGUUUUUGUCAGAGUUUGAGUUUCAUUUGAUAUUAAUAAAACACUGUUCUUUGCA